AUGGAGGGGCUUCGUUUUGAACUGUGUUCCCUGCACAAGAGCCUGGAGCAGGAGAAAAGAGAUCUGGAAGAUCCUGAGCGCCCCAGACAGAGGAAAAGGAGGAAACCUCGUGUCCUCUUUUCUCAAGCCCAAGUCUACGAACUGGAGCGAAGGUUCAAGCAGCAGAAAUACCUCUCAGCUCCCGAGAGAGACCAUCUAGCGAACGUCCUAAAGCUCACCUCCACCCAGGUGAAAAUCUGGUUCCAGAACCGAAGGUAUAAAUGCAAAAGGCAGAGACAGGAUCAGACCCUGGAAAUGGUGGGCAUCCCUCCCCCCCGGAGGAUAGCGGUGCCGGUGCUGGUGCGCGAUGGGAAGCCCUGCCUGGGGGAGUCUUCUCCCUACAGCUCGCCGUACAAUGUCAGCAUUAACCCCUAUAGCUACAACGCCUACCCCGCGUACACUAACUACAACAGCCCCGCCUGCAACGCCAACUACAACUGCAACUACCCCUCCAUGCAGACCAUGCAGCCCUCGGCGGCCGGCAACAACUUCAUGAACUUCAGCGUAGGGGACUUGAACUCGGUGCAGACGCCCAUCCCGCAGGGGAACGCGGGGAUCUCCACGUUGCACGGGAUCCGAGCCUGGUAG